ACGUGAGUCAAGUUGUGGCUAGGAUGAAGCUCCGCCUGCUGUUUCUGCUCAGCGAGGACUUCAGCUGAGACAUGUAGCCCCACUAAAGUCCAUGUCUCCUGUCGGCAGGCUCGUUCAGCUGAGUCUGGUCAAGAAAAUAUAUGAACGGUCAAAGUCAACGUCGGGUUUAACAUAUAGGCCUAAGUGGAACUGGUUGGGUGUUUUCGCAAUGGGUAAUUCAAGUGGGCACAAUAACACUUUAAGUAUCCCGCCUGGUAAAGGCCAGCACCAAGUGGGAUGCACAGACUUGAUGGUGGGCCACACAGUUCAGGGGACCUUCUUUAGACUGUACUACCCGUGCCAAUCAAAAGAGAAUCCUGAGUUGCCAGACUGGGUCCCGUGCCGAGAGUAUUUCAACGGUCUUGCAGACUUUAUGAAGAUGAACAGAGCACUGAGUGAAAGAAUUUUCAACUACAUAUUUGGGUCUUGUAAAAUCCCAGCAGCCUGGAAUGCGUCUUUUAAACCAGAUGGGAAAUAUCCUGUUAUUAUCUUCUCUCAUGGACUGGGAGCUUUCAGGACAUUGUAUUCAGCCAUAUGUGUUGAACUGGCCUCACAGGGCUUCAUUGUUGUAGCUGUGGAACACAGGGAUGAAUCUGCCUCAGCAACAUACUACUUCAGAGAAAACACUGAGCCAGGAACAAAAAGACGUACAUCAUGUGACGUAUCCAAGCCUGUUUCUGAUCAUCUGGAAGAGGAAUGGAUGUACUACAGGUCACUGAAACCAGGCGAGAAUGAGUUUCCUCUAAGAAACAAGCAAGUAAAGCAAAGAGCUGAUGAAUGCAUCAGAGCCUUGGAUAUUCUCUUUGACAUCAAUUCAGGAAAGUCUGUGGAAAAUGUCUUACAGUGUGACUUUGAUUUGUCAACGAUGGAGAAUUCAAUGGAUUUGUGUAGGAUAGCGGUUAUGGGACAUUCCUUUGGAGGCGCAACAGUGAUUGAAUGUUUGUGCAAGGAGGUCAAAUUCAAGUGUGGUGUUGCAUUGGACACCUGGAUGUUUCCUUUGGAUGAGGAGAUUUUCCCAAGAGUGAAGCAGCCUAUCUUUUUUAUUAAUUCAGAGAAAUUCCAGUGGAUUGGGAAUAUUAUCCGUAUGAAGAAGCUGGACUCUGCCAUCAUUCCCAGAAAAAUGAUAACCAUCAAGGGAACAGUCCAUCAGAGCUUCCCAGAUUUCACAUUUCUUACUGGUAACUGGAUUGGAAAGCUCCUGAAACUGAAAGGAGAGCUGGAUCCACAUAUAGCCUUGGAUCUUUCCAACAAAGCAACUUUGGCUUUUCUUCAACGCCAUUUAAAUCUGGAAAGAGACUUCAAUCAGUGGGAUCCUCUAAUUGAUGGAAAAGAUGAUAACUUGAUUCCAGGCACCAAUAUUAUUAUACCACAGUCAUCCAUUUAAUCAAGUAACAUGUAUAAAUGUAAUAAUGAUUUAAACCUUACAAAUGGAGCUACAAAUGGUUGCAUGUUUGAGAAAGGCCCAGUCUAGCAUAAACUAUCAUUGACUGCUGUGUAUGUUUGCUUUGUACCAUGGAUUAGAAAGUGAUCUAUUGUAAAUGAUAUUUAAUGGUAUCUUUAAACAGGGCAGAACUUUAAACUGUUCAGGAUGACUAAUAUAAGCUACUACUGGCCAGCCGCCACACACUUUUCAAAAAAUUUUUAAACACCUCACCUUUUUCCUGUGCCUCAAUGUGUUUUUACAGUUAUGUAAAGCGGACAAGUUAUUAUCAAUGAAAUGUUUUCCACAUUGUUGACUCUGUGAUCAUGGCACAAGGAAGCUUGUGUGGUGCCCUAUCACGAGCAAUAACACCUUUGUAGAAAACAUAACCUCAGGUAGCACAUCAGUCUCAGUGUCUCCUUUAGAUCUCAUGAUCUGUAACUCAAACUUGUGAUUUGCUGAUUUGUAACAGUCAUUGAAAUCAAACAUUUACACUAUACACUACUAAUCAUUUUUAUGAGAUGCAGAACUGAAAAUUAUUUGAAAUUUAGAAAUCACUGGUUUGCAGUACAGCAACAAAAAUGUAAAGUCUUUGUAUGUAUUUUAAAUUGUUUAUUAAACAGAAUAUCUUA